AUGGCGGGUGGAGGAUUUGUGUCCGGCCCGGGCAACGGGAAGGAAUAUCCCGGCAACCUGACGACCUACGUCAUCGUGACCUGUGUUAUUGCGGCCAUGGGCGGGCUUAUCUUCGGCUACGACAUCGGAAUUUCAGGCGGCGUGACGUCGAUGGAUCAAUUUCUGGAGAAAUUCUUCCCGUCGGUUUACCGGAGGCAGCGGGCGGACUCCUCGACGAAUCAGUACUGCAAGUUCGACAGCGUGACGCUGACGGUGUUCACGUCGUCGCUGUACCUGGCGGCGCUGUGCUCGUCGGUGGUGGCGUCGUGGGUGACGAGGCGGCUCGGGAGGAAGCUGUCGAUGCUGAUAGGGGGAGUGCUAUUCUGCGCCGGGGCGUUGCUCAACGCUUUUGCGCAGGCCGUUUGGAUGCUUAUCGUCGGCCGGAUUCUUCUCGGUUUCGGCAUCGGCUUUGCCAAUCAGUCAGUGCCUCUCUACCUCUCGGAGAUGGCUCCGUACAGGUACCGCGGGGCCCUCAACAUCGGAUUCCAGCUGUCAAUCACCAUCGGCAUCCUAGCUGCCAACGUCCUCAACUACGGCUUCGCCAAGCUGGACGGCAGCCUCGGCUGGCGGCUCAGCCUUGGAGGGGCCGCUGUCCCCGCCCUCAUCAUCACCAUCGGCUCCCUCGUCCUCCCCGACACCCCCAACUCCAUGAUCGAGCGUGGGGACCACGAAAAGGCGCGGGACCGCCUCCGUAGGAUCCGAGGCGUCAGUGACGUGGACGGCGAGUUCCACGACCUUGUGGCCGCCAGCGAGGCGUCUCGAAAAAUCGAGCACCCAUGGAGGAAUCUCCUCCAAAGGAAGUACCGGCCCCACCUGACGAUGGCCGUGGCCAUCCCCUUCUUCCAACAGCUGACGGGAAUCAACGUUAUUAUGUUCUACGCGCCCGUACUCUUCAAGACCAUCGGGUUCGGGAGCGAGUCGUCUCUUAUCUCGGCCGUCGUCACAGGGAGCGUCAAUCUUGUGGCUACGGUUGUCUCGAUUUACGGUGUGGAUAAGUGGGGGAGGAGGUUUUUGUUCCUUGAGGGUGGCAUCCAAAUGCUCAUAUGCCAGGUCGUGGUUUCGAUCUUGAUAGGCAUGAAGUUCGGCGUGAGCGGUGAACCGGGGGUGCUGCCCAAGUGGUAUGCGUCAGUGGUGGUCCUCUUCAUAUGUAUCUACGUGGCUGGCUUUGCGUGGUCGUGGGGCCCACUGGGGUGGUUGGUUCCGAGCGAGAUCUUUCCUCUGGAGAUCCGGUCGGCAGCCCAGAGCCUUAACGUGUGCGUAAACAUGUUCUUCACGUUCAUCGUGGCCCAAGUCUUCCUCACCUUGCUAUGCCACCUAAAGUUCGGGCUAUUCCUCUUCUUCGGGUUUUUUGUGGUCGUCAUGACCGUUUUCAUCUACUUCUUCUUGCCGGAGACGAAAAAUAUCCCGAUAGAGGAGAUGGCGGUCGUGUGGAAGCGCCAUUGGUUUUGGUCGAGGUUUGUCAGGGAUGUGGACUACCCCAACGGCGGGGCCGCCGUGGAGAUGGAAGAGGGCCGGAAAGACAACAUCAGUCAAAUAUUCUCGAUGUCGUCGAAUAUUCUUGCCAAGAGGAUAUUCACCGCGCGCACCCACGACGAUGACGAUUUUCGAGUCGUCGUCGGUUGGACAUUUUUUAAAAUUGUGGAUCACGGCCAGUUUGCAGAUGGCGUCCUCGAUUUUUCGGGGAGGUUCGACUCACCGAGGCCGAGCAUAUACAAGUACGACUGCAUCUAG